AUGGAAUCCCAGUCUUCGUUCAGCAGUGAAGUCGACGAGGAAAAACCGUCUUUGAAGACGCGUUUUUCGAAGAGGUCAUGGACAUGGAGUUCAACAGAAGUGAGCAGUAUAUUGCCACUGAAAGGGAAGACGAAGUCCGGUUCGAAACUACAAGAGUUCCACAAGUGGAGAGUCAAGCGUGGCUGGGUUGGGUGGAAAUUCAGCUUGAGGGCGGGUGUAAUUGUGUCGGCGGCGGUGUUUCUCAUCAACCUUGCAGCAACCAUCCCCGGAUUCACUAUGCCGGGGCGUUUCGACCAAGGCACUGCUAUUCUUCGAGAAGGGCCAUGCUCAAAAGUACGGUGGACCAACAUCACAGUACACCUUUACAUGAACAUUGCGAGUACGAUGCUCCUUUCAGCAGCCAACUACGCCAUGCAGUGUUUGUCUGCUCCAACAAGAAGCGACGUUGACAAAGCUCAUGAGAAACAUGUUUGGCUGGACAUUGGCGUCCCGAGCUUCCGCAACGUACCCUACAUCAGAAAGCGGAAUAUUGUACUCUGGACCUGCCUUGCUGCCACCUCACUGGUGCACCACUUGCUACUCAACGCUACCGUGUUUUUGACGAUUGGGACCCGCUCAUAUGACGUCUACACGGUGCAACCCGGAACUUUUAACCGAGAAGAGUGCAUGGACCUUUUCGCACAAGCUUUCGUAACCGACCGCCGGUUCGUGAUCCUGGAGCUGGACGAACGGGCAGAUCUACCGAAGUUUUGCAGCUCGGAAUGCGACAUCUCCCGCCUCAAGCAACAAGACUCGUGGACCCCGUUCGCAGACUCGUGGAACGUGUCAGGCUGCUACAGCCAAAAAGAAGAAGAGUACUGCAAAGUCGAAAUGGCCUCCCAGCUCGCCGCCAUGGUCCUCGUCGUCACCCUCCUGCACUUCGUCUUCCUCUUCCUAUCCCUCUACCACCUCAGCAUCGCGCCACUCCUCUCCCUCGGCGACGCCAUCAGCUCCUUCCUCCAGCGGCCCGAUCCAUCCACCCGCACCAUCCCCUUCUCCCACCUCCUCGACGUCCUCCAAAACCGCCAUCAUCCAUGGACCCACGAUCCCAACCCACCAUCACCACCACCUCCUCCCCCAUGCCACCGCAAACUCAGCGCCACAACCCCCUCCCGCCGCCUCGCCUUCGCCUUCCUCCUAACCGCCAUCCUCGGCCUGACGACCUCCGGCCUCGCCCUCGGCAUCACGCGCGUCCAGCGGCGCGACCCCUCGCGCAACCCCUUCGCGACCGGCAUCGGCGCCAGCGUCAACAUCGACACGCUGAUGCCCAUUGCCGGCAGCACUGGCAGCACGGGUCCGUCCGCGACCAUCUGGCGCGCGACGCUGCUCGCCAACGCCGGGCAGCCGCUGCUGUCGCUGCUGCAUUGCGCCUACAAUGCGCUGUUUACCGCGUUGUAUCUGGGGACGGAGUGGGACGGCUUCGGAGAAAGCGGCAAAAAGGGCCUCCGCAUCUCCAGCGUGCCGCGCGGCGCGCAGCGCGCCUCGCACUUCCUGCAGCUGCCGUGGCGCUACGGCGUGCCGCUGUCGGCCGCGUCGACGCUGCUGCACUGGCUCGCGUCGCAGAGCGUGUUUACCGUUAGCCUGGUCGACGGCGGGGAUGCAGGCGAAGCCGGAGCCAGAGACGAUGGCGGAAAGGAAACAGCAACAGCAGAACAAUCAGACCGCUUCUUCGGCUGCGGCUUCUCCCCGCUCGCCAUGGCGCUCCUGCUCGUCGCGCUGCUGGCCCUGCUCGCCUGCCUCCUCGCCGCCGCCCUGUCGCGCUUCAAGACCGGCAUGCCCGUUGUCGGGUCGUGCAGCGCGGCUAUCGCGGCAGCGUGUCGGCCGCACCCAAGGCGUGAGGAGGCUGUUGCGGUUUCUUGUGCGUCUCCUCCUUCGUGCAAGGGCUUGUCUGAUAGCGCGACGGACUGUCCUGAAGAGGACAUCUCGGCGUUGCCGUUGAGCUGGGGCGUCGUGGAGGAAGGAGCGGCUGAUCGGGGCGGUGAUGGCGGCGGCGAGGUGAGGUUUUGCGCGUUGACGGCGGAUGAUGAAGCUGUGGUGGAGCCUUGGAUGAGGCCUGUGUCGUUCGCGGCUUGGCGGGAGCGGGCUUUGGAGGCGCUGGGGGAGCGGAACUUGGCCGGCGAGGGGAAUGAGGGUGGUGGAUCGGUGGGUGCAUGA